AUGGCGCGAGAAAAUCCUGCAGAGAAAGCCCUAGGUCUGCUCCGAAGCAGACUCUGUGACCCUAAUUUCGCCUUCAAAGCUCUCUCUCACGCCGACGACUCAAACUAUAGCAAGUUGAAAUUCUUAGUUUCAAGUUCCAUCACCGAAGCAUGUAACAACUCCAUUCUGCUUCUCGGUCCCCGUGGUUCGGGAAAAAUCGCUGUGUUGGAGCUUGUGCUCAGUGAUUUAUUACAAGAAUAUCCUGAUAUGAUUUCAGUGAUUAGGUUGAGUGGCCUGUUGCAUAGCAGUGACAACUGCGCAUUUAAGGAAAUUGCUAGACAGCUAUGCAUGGAGCAUCAGUUGGUUUUCUCAAGAAUGGCAUCAUUUGAUGAUAACUCCCAGUUUAUGAUAGCCAUGUUAAGGUGUUGUGGAUUAGCACAUAAAACAAUUAUUUUUGUUUUGGAUGAGUUUGACUUGUUUGCUCUGGGAAAACAGAAGUUACUUUAUAGUUUGCUUGAUGCAAUGCAGUCAGUAACAUCUCAAGCUGUCGUCAUUGGUGUGAGCUGCCGACUGGAUGCUGAUAUGCUUUUGGACAAAAGAGUAAGAUCACGUUUUUCACAUAGAAAGCUUUUGUUUCUUCCUCCUGCUAAUGAUGACAUACAGCGAUUGUUGGAGCACAUUUUAUCAUUGCCAACAGACUCAAGCUUUCCUCCAGACUAUGCUGUUGCCUUCAAUGCAAAACUUCAAAAUAUAUUGGCAGAUGAGAGAUUUAAAGAGAUUAUUAGUACAUAUCUGAAUUUUGAUUCAACUGUCAAACAUUUGUUGAGAUUGGUCAUGGACCAUGACACUAGAUUCCGUGCUGUUUCUUAUAUGGAUUUGGAGUCUGGAAUGCUGUCACUAGAAAACUUCAAAGCUGCACUGUCAAAUAUCCAGAGGCAUCCAAAGUUGGAAUGCAUAAAAGAUUGCUCCAUAUUGGAACUUUACAUUCUGGUAUGCAUGAAGAGGUUGGAAGUUAAAGAGCAGAACUCAUACAAUUUCAAUUCUGUAAUGAAAGAGUACAAAAGCAUACAUGAUUCGGUCAAGACAUCUGAUUAUUUUGCAAGAAAUGUUUGCUUACGGGCAUUUGAACACCUUCUACAACGUGAACUGAUUGGCUAUACAGACAAUAGAGGACAAAACCACUCUGUUGAGUUUUCUCCUGUGAAGCUUUUAGUCUCAUUCCACGAACUGCACCAGGGCCUGAAAUCAUAUGGUUCCUGUCCCGCCAUUCUUCAACAAUUAAUGGAUCGUCAAAAAUAGCGGCUGAAGAGACGGGAUUGAUGGCUGGUUAGCUGCUUCGUGUGUAUGA